AUGGAGAAGGGCAAAAGCGUCAAAGUCUGCGUAACUGGAGGCUCCGGUUACCUCGGCUCGUGGCUCAUCAAGAGCCUCCUAACCAGAGGUUACACUGUCCACGCAACACUCAGAAAUUUGGUCGAUGCCGAUGGCCGAAAGAGAUUAAAACUUUUCGAAGCGGAUAUUUACAGUCCACAAGAGUUUGAUGAAGCUAUAAAGGGGUGUGAGUAUGUUUUGCAUGUGGCUACACCAUUUUUACACAAGGAAAACACUAAGUACAAGGACACGACAGAGGCCACCAUAGCUAGUGUCAGGUGCAUAGCCGACUCUUGCCUCCUGUCAAAGACGGUCAAACGGCUCGUCUACACGUCGUCCGUGAUGGCAGCUUCGCCUCUGAGUGAAGACGGGUCGGGUUACAAACCUCAAAUGGACGAGCUCUGUUGGACUCCUCUCGGCUUAUCGUUUGAUUAUGGCAACGAAUUCCUUUUGGAUUAUGUUAAAUCAAAGACACAAUCAGAUAAGGAGAUCUUGAGGUACAACAAUAUUGGAAGUAGUGAAAAUGGUGUGGAUGAGUUAGAGGUGGUUAGCCUGUGUAGCGGUUUAGUCGGGGGAGAAACGAUUCUCCCGUACGUGUGUUCAAGUCUGCCGUGCGUGCUGUCUUUAAUAAAGGGCGAUGAAUUUAGUUUGAACUCGUUAAGGUUCAUGCAAGAGUUGAUGGGUUGUAUUCCUGUGGUGCACGUCGAGGAUGUUUGUGACGCGCACAUUUUAUGCAUCGAGAAAGGGUCGUUGAAAGGCUGGUUCUUGUGCGUGGCCGAGAGCGUGAUGAUCGAGGAUAUAGUUAAUUGCUAUGGGGAGAUUUGCCCUGAAUUUCAUAUAGGAGAAGGAUUCAAGAGUGGGCCUAUUGGGAGAAGCAAAUGUGAGCUAUCAAAGUUGAGAAAAGAGGGGUUUGAGUUCAAGUAUAGAUUGAAACAAAUACUAAAGGACAGUGUGAAAUGUGCAAAAAGGUUGGGGUUUUUACAAGAAUUUGUCCAACUUUGACAUGGAAAAUUUCACACUAUUGUGAUUGUGUGUGUGUGUGUGU